AUGUUUUCCAGGAAUUUAUUAACCAAAUACACUGCCAAGGCUAUUGCCAGGACUUAUGCCACAGAAGCCCCAGCUACUUCCAAUGUUUUGAAAUUACAAUUUGCUUUACCACACGACACUUUAUUUGCUCGUAAGGAGAUCUAUCAAGCCAACUUACCUAUCAAGUCUGGCCAAAUCGGUGUUUUGGCCAACCACGUCCCAAUUGUUGAACAAUUGGUUCCAGGUGUCGUUGAAAUUUUCGAAAAUGCUAAUACUUCUAAGAAAUACUUUGUUUCUGGUGGGUUUGCUUCCGUUCAACCAGAUUCCACUUUGACCGUUACUGCCGCUGAAGCUUUCCCUCUAGAACAAUUCGAUCCUAGUGCUGUUAGAUCCUUAAAGGAUGAAGCUAAAAAAAAUAUUUCCUCUUCUGAUGAAAAAGUAGCUGCUGAAGCUAAUAUUCAAUUAGAAGUCUUAGAAGUUUUAGAAGCUGCUUUGAAAUAA